AUGGCGGAACACAAGCGUACCGAGUCGUUGAUGGAGAAACUCAAGCUUCAUGAUGCGAAAGUACAUCUAGUCCACCAAAAGUCAGUGAUUUACAUAAAAUUGGCAAAUUGGCAAAUUUGGCACGAUGAGGAGCAUGAGCAGCGUUGCGACGAUAAGCGCACAGCCAUCUGUGAGCAGAACCGCUACAAAUCCUAUUUCCCUAUGCGCGCCGGCAACCGCGUGAAAUGGUAUGUCGAUGGUAGGGACUAUUUCUGGGCCGUUUCCAUUGCCCUUGAGAACGCCAAAGAGUCUAUAUACAUUGCCGACUGGUGGUUGUCGCCCGAGCUCUUCCUCCGCCGCCCCCCGUACAAAGAGCAGGAGUACCGAUUGGACAAACUGAUCAAGAGAAAGGCUGAAGCUGGUGUUCAAAUCUACGUCUGUGUCUACAAGGAAGUCGAACAAGCCUUGACGUGUAACUCAGCUCAUACGAAGCAUGCGCUGAGGAGGCUCUGCCCUAAGGGGACACCCGGAUAUGGAAACAUCCAUGUCGCCCGACACCCUGACCAUAACGUUUUUGAAAACUUUGGUGACAUGACUUGGUAUUGGGCUCACCACGAGAAGUUCAUUGUCAUUGAUUACGAAAUCGCCUUUGUUGGUGGUCUUGAUCUCUGCUUCGGACGUUGGGAUAAUCACCAACACCCUCUCGCUGACAUCCACCCUGCCGACGUUCGCGACGAAAUCUGGCCGGGCCAGGACUUUAAUAACAAUCGUGUAAUGGAUUUUCAGAACGUGGACAGCUGGCAGGAUAACGAGUUGAGUAAGGCCGACUUCGGACGCAUGCCCUGGCACGAUGUGGCGAUGUGCAUCCAAGGACCGUCAGUCUAUGAUGUAGCUGAGCAUUUCACCCUUCGCUGGAACUUCGUGAAGAGGGAUAAGUAUAAACGUGAUGAAAGAUUCAACUGGUUGAUGUUAGAGGGCAGGGAGGGUGAGGAUGAGGACCUCGUUGGAGUCCAGCGACCCAAACAUCCAGUAGGAGACUACGUGAAACACCCUUACACGCCACUCAGCACCAAAAACCUUGAGAAUGCUGGUACCGUUAACUGCCAGAUUGUCCGAUCGAGCGCCGACUGGAGCAGCGGCAUCUUGACCGACCACAGCAUCCAGAACGCAUAUAUUGAGAUCAUCUCAAAGGCUCAACACUAUAUCUACAUCGAGAAUCAAUUCUUUAUUACUGCAACAGGCGACCAGCAAGCUCCGGUCAAGAACCAGAUUGGUCGCGCUAUCGUUGAUGCGGUCGUCAGAGCUGACAAGGAGGGUCGCAAAUUCCGUGUCAUCGUUCUCAUCCCCGCAAUCCCUGGCUUUGCUGGAGAUUUACGAGAAGAAGCUGCCACGGGCACACGUGCUAUCAUGGAUUACCAGUACAAAUCUAUUUGCCGCGGCGAACACUCUAUCUUUGGUCAGUGCCGCGCUGAGGGCGUUGACCCCACCAAGUACAUCUUCUUCUUCAACUUGCGAUCUUACGACCGUCUCAAUAAGACGCCUGCCAUCAUCAAGGCUGAGAAGGAGACUGGCAUAAGCUAUCAGCAGGUUCAACGUGCUGAAGCCGAAGAGAUUAUGAGUGAGGGCAUACAUGGCUCAUUUGACCCAGAAGACUCAGAUGGCGAUGAGCAUAUGAGGAGAGACAAGGACAAGGGAGAGCUUGACGAAGAUAUCAAAAAGACGAUGGAAGCUCGAAAGAAAUUCGAGGCCGCCAUGCCCCCUGAAACUGUCCACACGACAUCAUCAGUCGCCCAUCACGCGAUGGCUGAUACUGGUGAAGGCUUGAAGAGCGAACCUUGGUUUGAAGAAGAUCCUGAAUCAGAGAUCAAGAAUUGGAUCCAAGAAGAGCUUUAUAUCCAUGGUAAACUGCUUUUGGUGGACGACCGUAUCGCAAUUUGUGGUAGCAGUAACCUCAACGACCGAAGCCAGCUCGGUGAUCACGACAGUGAACUGAGUGUCGUCAUGGAGGAUACUCGUUUGAUCCCCAGUAUGAUGGAUGGAAAGCCCUACGAGGCUGGUUACCAUGCGGCUACACUUCGUCGCUACCUCUGGCGUGAACACAUGGGUCUCUUGCCGCCCCAGGAACAUGACGCUUCGAAGGACAUCAACGCCAUGCCCGUCAAUGUCAAUCCUGACAAUGAUAUCUACGACCGAGACGACUCGUACAAGUUUGUUGAGGAUCCCCUCAGCGAUGAACUUUGGGAGAUGUGGACUAGCCGAGCGGACAAGAACACCAUGCUCUUCCGACAUCUUUUCCACGCCGAUCCUGAUGACCAUAUCAAAACCUUUGAAGACUACGAUAGAUAUUUGCCCCCUAAGGGAGUCAAAGCCGGCCACAUUUUCGACCAAUUCCUCCCCAUAGCCGACGCGAGGGAGAAACUGUCGCAAAUCAAGGGGCAUCUCGUCUGGUUCCCGCUCGAGUUCUUGUCUGAAGCCGAGAUGGCGGAAUGGGGACUUCAAGUCAAUGCUGUCACUGAGUCUAUAUACACUUAA